AUGGAAGAAAGUAAGAGGUUGGAGGAAAAAAGACUUUUUCUGAUUGACUGUUUUGAAAAACAGAACCGUCAUAUCAAUGAAAUUAAGGAUAAACUUUUAUCUGAAAAAAAUUGGGAAAUUUUAUGUCGCAGGGUGGAAAUGGAAAAGAAGGGUUUUGAAUUCAGACUGGAUCUAGAAAACGAUGAAAGAGAGAAUACACGAGCCCUGCGAAAAGUUUUCGGACCCGAUCGUUAUCUGGAAGAUGGUGGUUACGAUGAGAUUGAAAUACUUAUCUGUCCUAAUGAGAUUGAUAAUACGGAAGAUGAAGUGGAAAAUUAUAUAAACUAUGGAACCUUGGUGUAUGGCUAA